CUGUUUUUUUCAAGUUGUCAACAAAAAUUCGCGAAGAUGGCUGCUUGGCAAGUGAUCUGCAAAGAAGUCGCCAAUUUGCGAGAGCAAAUGGCAAGAAAUGGACGGUUUUCAGCGGCGAUCGGUUGCCUGACAUUGCUCACCGUUGUCUUUUAUAACCAUCUGUCCAUCCUCGCCAUACCAUGGCUCUUCCUGGGCGGCAUGGCUUCGUUCUACAUCCUCUUCAGUCGCAUCUCAGUCCUUCCCAACCUUCUGAUCAUGUACGAGAGAAAGAAGCCACUCACAGCCAGAGAGCAACCAUUGGCCCACAUCUGCACUGUGUGUGGCGACUCAGAUUGCAUGAGGCAUAAGUCGGAUCUUACAUUGAACAAAGUACAACCGUGGAAUGACAUCUAUAUACCAGAACGAGUGGAUGUGGCCCUGUCAGAGCUUUUUGAGCUGAUUUUUAGAGAUUAUGUCUACAGCUGGUACACUCCCCUGAUCAGCAAGGAGGAAGAGUUUGUUAAUGAGCUUCGAGUUACCCUUCGUCACCUGGUCGCCGUGGUACUACGCCGUGUCAGAGAUGUGGACCUGCCGACGUUCAUACUUGACAAACUCGUCAAGGCGGCCUUGUGCCAUCUAGAUGUCUUGCUCAGAGCAAAGCAAAAAGCCAAAUGGGGAGAGGACUUCCAGGAGCUUGUGUUCAAGACCUACGGUAAUCAUCUACACUGUGCGGUCAGGAAUCGCAAAGCGGAGCUGGAGUACCUCAGGCAUCUAUGUGAAAUGCUGUUCCCAUUGUUGAUUCCCAGGAAUUCACAUGACAAUAAGGCUACCCAAACAUUUGUGCGAGAAGUGGCAAGCGGGUCUAUCUUCUUACUCGGGAUGGACGUUGUGGCCGACCCAGAUAUUGUGAACAAGCUUCUCAUGAUAUUCUUUGAUGAAGAACCAUUCCCACCGGCAACAGAUCCUCCAUCUGAGAAAGUGGUUCUGUUGGAAUCCUUCAGUAACAUCCAUCCCGUCAACAAGUCUAGCGCUCUGCAGUAUGAGAUGUCUGAGAUCUUGGGGACCCACUCUCUCCUCUUCCCAUUCCUUCAGUACAUGAAACGAGAUGGGGCUCUAAACAUCUUACAGUUCUGCCUGACAGUGGAGGAUUUUAACAGACGCAGCCUGGUGCCGGACAUGACUGACGAACAGAAGAAGUCUCUGCACGGGGAAGCCCAGGAUCUACACCUGCUGUAUUUUGCCCCCGGUGCCGUGGACAAGAUCAAGUUUGACGAGGACAUUGAGGCAGAGAUGCAAGAGAUUGUUAAUGGACCGUACGAAGGUGUAACAAGACUCCGGACCUCAUCAACUUUGUUCAGAGCCUACGAGCAUGCCUACAAGUUGAUGGAGAAUGUCUUCUGUCCACUUUUUCACCACAGCGAUGAGUAUUUCACCCUGAUGUGCGGCAAAAGACGGCAAGUCCUUCCCAAGCAGGCAACAAGGGUUGUCACCAAGCGUUCUAGUGAUCCCAUUGCGGCUAUGCACAGACUGGGCAGCAGGAUUAAAGGAGUAUUCCGCAGCUCAAAUGCCGACAGUGAUACUGCCAGUAUGUCUUCGUUGGACAUCGCUGAAUCGGAAUCCAGCCAACCCCCAUCUGACACAGAACUCCUCUCCGAUGAGGAGGAGGCUGGUAUGAAGUCGCCAAUCCACGACAUGAGCGCGUGGAGGGUCAGCAUCCCACGGAUAGAUGCCAGGCUGGACGGCACCAAGGAUUACUGUGUGUACGUCAUCGACGUGCAGCGGAUUGACGUCAAGGAAGGGGGAGGCGAGGAAACAUCCUGGGAAGUGGAAAGGCGCUACCACGAGUUUCAUGUCUUGGAGACUAAACUCAAAGAAUUCCAUGGUAUAUUCGAGGAUGCCCAGUUGCCCCAGCGAAGAAUACAGUUUGCCUCAAUCUCCCUCGAUUUCAUGGAGAAAAGAAAAGACAGCUGCGAAAAAUUCCUCCAGACACUCUUGACUAAACCCACCUUACGAAGCAGCCAGCUCCUCUACAGCUUCCUGACCAAGAGUGAAGAGUUUGUCAACAAGUUCUUGGGAGAUGUCAACCUGGGGAAGUUGGUCAGAACGAUGUCUUACAGAGUUAUCAAAGAGCGAGGGCAGCAUCUGGAUCCAUUCCUGCAGUCGUUCAUUGCCUCCGUCGAGGCACCAAAACCAAAGGCAGGAAAAAUGGCAGAAACAGUUGACCCAGCCAAGCACCUUGCUGAAAAGCUGGACAGUCCCAUAUUUGGUGAUAAUGCCGGUCUGCCCUUGGUACGAGAAACGCUCAAAGAACCCGGCCCGGAUCCCUCGGCAGACUACCUACAACUCAACGGGAUAUUUGACUACAUUCUCUACCUUGCCACUGCCGUAUUCAACGUUGCUCCAUGGAUGCACCAGGGGCUGAUAGUCUUCCAGAAACUCUUCAAGAACUCACUGGAGACAUUCCUUGACAGCUAUCUGGCCAAGAAAUUGGAGAUUGUGCAGUCAGAGGAACAAGUGGAAGACAUCAUUCAUAAUCUGAGAGAUGUUCUUUUCUUUGAUGAUGAGCCUCCAAGAACAGAUGCCCAGAAGCAGCAGCGCAAGGAGGAAACAUUCCAGCAGAUGCUCGACUUCUUCCCAAAGCAACUGCAUCAGGUGAUUGGGGAGGACAAGUUUUGCGCCGGUCUGCGAUUCGUCUUUGACGGCUUGCAGUAUCCCAAACUCAACAAACAGCUUGCCUAUACAUUGCUCGACAUAGUACUUUUGGAGGCUUUUCCUGAACUUGCCGUUAAUGUGAAGGACCCAUCAGCAGAGGCGUAAGCCGUAUGUCAUUGAAGUCUUCAACGGUUCUGUAACUUUGUUCUGUAAAUAUGUACCGAUAUGAUCAUGAUAUAAGUGAUAACUAGCAAUAUUUCAAUAACAGGGGAGAGCAGGUCCCAUGAGUUUGACAGCGUGAAAAAAAUAGCUCUAACUUUCGUAGAAGGAUAAUACGCCAAUACAAAUAAUGACAUUAGUAAUGUGAAUUAAUGUUUCGGGUGGCAUGGUUGGCUCGUGCAUAAAGGGCCUCUCACCACUGUGGCCCUGGUUCGAAUCCCAUCCGCGGACCAUUCUUGCCGUAUGUGGGUAUAGAGUUCUCACCUGUGCCACGAGGGUUUUUCUCUGGGCCCUCCGGUUUUCCUCCCUCUGGAAAAAUCAAACACUUCCCAUCUCAGGCUGUGCUCCGUGGUCAUAUAUGGGUUGAUGUGGCUGGCUGCCAAAGCCGCCUUUACAUGCGAGCGGCUCGACUAUAUGUACAUUGUGGUCGCGCUCUACGCAAUUCAGUUUCUCAAUUGCCAGUAAGGAUGAUUAGCGCCCCCCCCCCCCCAGUUAUUAUUAACUUGAAGUAAAUUGUGAAAACCAAAUACAGAGAUGCGUAAGAAAAACUAUUUAUAAGUCAAAUUCUGUCAAUUUCAGUGAAAUUUAUUAUGCAUUCCUGAUGUAAAGUGUACAAAAUUAGGGCACAUCAUUUAUGUCAAUCUGUUGUAUAUUUCAUACAAAUUGAACAAACAAAUUGUGGCUGAAUUUUUUGUUUACGAUUUGAAUUUUUUUUUUUUAAUUUAUAAGAAUACAGAAUUGUUAAAAAAUAAUAAUAUGACGAAUAUAACAUUAAAUUAUGCUAUUUACUGAUCAACGAAAUCUAAUACCAGAAAAAGAAUUAUAUUCUGUUGAAUUAGUAAAAUUUUGUAAUGAGAGAUGUUUUUUAUUUCAGAGUUGUCAAGUUACCUGAAAAAGAAUUGUAUUCUUUCAGGGAUUGGAUAUUACUUGAGUACUCGCGAGUAGUAUAUGCUACUCAUUCUACUCAUGGUUUUUCAUCUUCUUGAGUACUCGUCCUGGCACAAGUAGAAGCCGGUUCUCACAAGUACCAAUUUAGGGUUUAGGGUUCACGGCUUAAUACGUCCCCUGCAAACAGGGAAUCACUCCCUCCGCCUCUCUCUCCUUUGUCCAAAAAAACAAAAAAACUCAAAAAAUUCAAGCAAAUGACUCAAAACGUUACACAGUAAGGAUAUCUCAGCGCUGAAGAAUGUGAUGUGACUUGCACGCUAUUUGCUUGUAAGUUACUUCCCAUCAUACUAACAUGUAUGUCAUUUUUCUGCUUUUAUGGGAAUUCAGUUGACUACUUGCAAGUAUUUGACUAAUUGCGAGUAAUUUCUUUGCGAGAACUUGAGUAGAAAAGAACUUAUGUAAUUUGUUCACCAGUAGAUUAGAAAACAAUUGUACAUUUUAGGUGAAAGAACAUUUUGAUACUGUGCAAUAAAACAACCACCUAUAACGAUUUAACGUCAAAACA